UCGCAUUUUUUUUUUUUCUGUUCGCGUUGUGUUUUUGUUGUUAUUUUAAACUCUCACAAACAAUACUUUAUUAUGCCUUUAUGCAACUCAUGCUCCGUUAAUAUUGUGUCGGCCCUGUCUAUAACGUGUACUGACUGUAAUUUGACCUGGCACGCCAAAUGUCAAAAACUCUCUAAGGAAGAUGUAGACUAUUUAAAAGAGUCGGACAAUAUCUGGAGAUGUAGCAGUUGCUCUAAAGCCAAAAGAGUCUCGAUCCGACUUGACUCCUCAGUCAACUCGAGUAACACUGAUUUAAUUGAAAUAAAAGAAAUUAUACUUCAACUUAAAGACACUUUUCAAAAAUUUAAGGAAGAUACCUAUAUUAAUUUCAACAACUUAAACGCCAAAUUUAAUGCAAUCGAUAAGAUUAUCACAGAAAACAAUAUUUUGAAAACACACGUAAUCCAACUAGAAAACAAAAUUGAAUCCAUGGAACGCCGCCAAAUAUCAAAUGAUAUUAUCAUUGAUGGAAUACCUGAAAAUAAAACAGAAGAUUGCACUCAAUUAGUCCACCAAAUAUGUAAAGAAUUAAAUUCAAAUAUAAACGUGUCAAUGAUAAAUGAUUGUCACAGAAUCGGUUUUAACCGUAACAACGCACGUCCCAGAAGAAUUAUAGUUAAAUUCAUAAAUCACCAAGAUAAAAUAAAUACACUUAAAGCUCGCCAAAUAAAAAGAAACUUUUCUACUAAGGACAUUAACUUACAGCCUGAUAUGCCUAUCUACAUAAGAGAAAAUUUAACUACAAAAGGUAGCAAGCUAUUCAAAGAAGCAAGAGACAUCAAAAAAUCACUCAACUUUCAAUUCGUCUGGACGAAAAAUGGUCUUGUUUUCCUACGAAAAAACGAAACGGAUAAAAUCAUACGUGUUGACAAUGAGGAAGUAAUUUUGAAAUUAAAAUCACAGUAUGAUCAUUUAAACUCAACAAACCUAAAUUCGUAAAUAUAAAAUUUAUAUACUCAUUACUUUUAUACCUAUAUUUAGUUUA